GUGGUGCGUUACUCUGUGUUGGGCCAUUACAAUGCUCACUACGACACAACACACGAUUCUGCCAGGAUAAAGGAAUGCUGCCGUGAAGGACAAGAUUUUCAAGAUUGCAACUUGUGCAGGUUUGUUUUUGCUAGGUUCGUUAUUACGCACCGGCAGGCCUUCAUUAUUAACGCUUCAGCACGAGUGUUUCUUCGCCCGCAAGAAAAUAUUCGGAGGUCUUGAGCGAAUCAGUGAGAGGUCUGGAACCGGGUCUAGCACUGAUAAGUCUUAGAGCCAGGCUCCCGACAAACCUUUCCCCGACUCGUCUCUAAAUCUUCCAGCGGGGGAAAAACGCGCCGCCUGCAACGCUUAUAAUAAAGCCCUACCCCCAAGCUUGGUUCUUCAUGACAUACUUUGGUCUUAAUUGCACUACCCCCGGAGCGGAGACGCGAGAAAAAGAAAACGCAGAGAAAAUGAGCCGGCAAAAACCUGGCACUAAGGCUCGCUCUAAUUAGUCUUCCCCUAUCCAUGUUUUAUGGGAUCUCUGUAACAGUAGGGGUUUGUAAUAAGCCCUCAACUGCUGUAGAUUUUUAAAUAUAUCAAUGUCUAUUUCUGGCUUAUGGGUACAUGGGUACAUAGUUUAUUGUGUUAAUUAAGUCUCUCUUAAUUAAUUUUCCAGGUUCGUUACCAUUCUCCUUUACUUAAACAACGUGGCGAAAGGCGGUGAAACGGCAUUCCCCUUGGCGGAUGAUCCUGAACGUUUCUACUCGAGAAACUAUUCCGUAACCCUCAAUGAAAGAUGCCGCGAAGCUAACCUACUGAUCCAGCCAAAGAAAGGCAAAGCGGUCAUGUGGUACAAUCAUCUCUUAGAGCAUGACGGGGAUGAUCACAUGGGUGUCUUUGAUUGGCUGUCUUUACAUGGUGGAUGUGACGUCAUUGAGGGAGUCAAGUGGAUUGCGAAUGUAUGGUUGAACGCACCCUUAAGAAAAGACGACAAUUCAUAAUUGAACUGUAAUGUUUUAGAUCGUAAUUAAAGCGCGGGAAAAUGCGGGCGACCAAGUCGUGAUUGUUUUAAGUUUUGCAUCUAAUUGGUUGAGAAAGUGGCGCUAGUUCUCUGGGCCAAUCACAGAGCAAUGUCAAAGAAAAUCAAAGCAAUCUUGGAUUAGCAGGUAAUUUAGCGUUAACAACUGAAUUGAAAACGUAAAUUGGUCACCGUAAAGAGUAAAAAGGCUGACUUUUCGAGCGUUAGCCCUUCGUCAAGUAAUCCAAAGCAAUCUUGGAUUACUUUCGACACUCAAUUGAAAAUUGCUCCAUCAGGAAAAUAUUGCUGGACUACACUUGUCGGUAUAUACCUGCUGGGGUUGAACUUCUCUCAUACCCCUCUGGCAAAUUUCGUCCGCGGCAACUAUUGAAAAACUUGCAUGUCAGCUAAACGACAGGGAAUUUGUCAAGAGGGUGUUGGCGCUAUUGUUUCAUCUUCAGAGCUUAGAAAAAUCUUGCAUAUAAAAUAAAAACUUGCCGGUGCUUAUGCGACUUCCGACCUUAGCAACAAAUUAGAAAACGUCACGGCCGUCUGGACAAUCAUUCCGACUUGGUAUUCGUUCCUCGCAAAGAAAUGUCUCUUCGGAGGAGGAUCGUGGGCUCAGUUCUUGAAUUGCGGCUCGUUAUAGAUUCUAAAGCUUAGCCAAAUCACGAAUGAAUUUAAAGACUGGGACACUCUGAGGACUUCAUCACUCAGGUUUAGAAGUUAGAAGGUUUCUUUUAAACAAGAGUAAAUAAAGUUGUCUUUUGCUGUAAGGAAGGGAAGGGAAGACGGCAAGGGAAAGAUCGGUAAACGGGAGAGAAAUGAGAAAAAAGUGAACAUUUGCUGAGGUUAUUCAAUAAUUCGGGAUAUGAAAAAUUCUCAGUACUUCUCCUUUUUUUUUUUCCUCCCCCCCCCCAAAAAAAAAGGCGAACCCUUUCCCUAUUGAACGUCGCCACACCUAAGCAGGAUAUGUUCCCAAACUUAUCGUUAACGUCACUUUGAACGUUUAAGUUCUGAAAUUUGAAUAUCUUUUAUUUGUCAUUUUGUUGUUAUUUUUGUUUUAUAUGGCCGCUCACUUGCUCAAAAUCCUUCUUUGCUGCAUUCGCUUUCUAAAGAACAAAAUUUACUCUACGUAAAAAUGGUUCUGAGUACAAAGUAAACGAAUCUGUAUUUCGCCCCAUAUACUCGUAUCAGACCCAAGUCAACUUCUGGGGGCAGCGGAUGUUGAUGAAAAUGUGGUGUCAUGAAUACUAUCCUCGCCAUGAAGUGGAUUACUAAUCUGCACUUGAUUACGAACAUAAUAACAUAAUUUCAGGCUCACCUUAUGUCCUCAAGUAAGCGCCUAGGCACUUAUAUAAAAUUUCGGUUUGAAGGAGGGGCGCUUAUCGGAAGGACAGUGCUUAAGCGGGGGGCUGUUUUUUCAUCAUCAACUUUUUUUUUCAGAAGUAUCCCAAUAACAUUUGUUAAUUUCCAAUGUAAAUUGGCCCUCGAAGACUACAGAAUUGUUUAGUUGCUCAUGCUUACGAAGUUUACCAAGAGCGCGGCAAUAGGACCCAAAUUAAAAGAACAGCAAGCAAAUGGAGAUGGAAAAAACUGGAAAUGACUUGACGAAAAAGGACAGCACUGAUGCUGUUGUAGUUGAAGAUACAAAAAUGUAGCCACAGCAACAGGUUUUCUUAGUAUCCCUAUUAGUUGGGGGACGGGGGGAUACUAAUUCGAAAGGGGCUCUUGCUUGACAUAAUGACCUGGGGUGGGUGCUUAUUUGGGGAGAGCGCUGAUUAGAGCGUGGGCGCUUAUUCUUGGAAAUACAGGGGAAAAUUCAUUAUCCUGUACUAAUCGCGUCGUAGUUAAACCAUAAGAAGUCAUAGAUAAAGUGGAAAUGUGUACAGGUUUUCCUUGUAUUUCUAUUAUUUAAGAAAGUGAUGGACGAAGGGAGCUGGCGGAGUGUGGGCACUUUUUCUGAGGAGGGGGCUUCUUCGAGGAAAUACAGAAAAAUCCUGGAUCUUUUCCCUGAUCAAACCAGGCCUGUUAAACUUUUAAAAAUCAACUGCCCCAUGAGGUUUUAUUUUGUUUUUACAUUUUUUUCCGCUUUUGUUUUUUUUUAUCAUGACGCAAGAGAUCAGUUCAUAAUAUCUUGCAUGACGCCAUUCAACUGUAGUGUUUUGGUUCUUCAGAUAGGCCUUUUCAAGGCAAAAAUGUGAACGGCGCGUUCUUGCGCCCCUCGCGUGACCUUCUUGCGUGGCGUUUUGUCAGUCACUCUAUCUAAUAUUUCUUGCAGUUACAGCUUGUAGUAUCAAAUGACAAAAACUUAGCUGAGUCUUUGUGCGGGCAUCGUGCAGCGAUAAACAAACGGCCUUUGAUCUUAUUAAGUUUGAGAUAAUACAGACAACAACAACUCCUUUCUUCUUCGAUGGUGUUGCUCUGCCUAUCUUUGGCAGAUAUCACCUCAUCAUGUCUUUUCCCUUGAAAUAUUUUUUCUUCACUCUUGUGAUAACAUGUGGUUUCGUCCAUAUUCGUGGAUCGGAUUUGAAGCCAAGCAAAGGUGAAACAUGUUCCUUUGGUGGCCCCGGCGUGGAUGGGGACGGCGAACAAGAACCGUGCUAUAAAGAUGGUUUAUACUCUGCCAUUUCAGACGUACGACUUCCAAGGAGAGAUCCUGUAGCUGUAGAUCACGUACAAACCAUCCAAGUUGAUGAAGAGAAGACCUUGCAAUUAAAAACCCGAAGUGUAAAGCCGCCCGUGUUUGAAAUCCCAGGUCUGCUAAGCGACGAUGAAUGCGAUCACUUGGUAAACCUAGCGAACACGAAUGGUCUCGCAGAGAGCGCAACCGCACGUAGAGCAACGAUGACUAGAGAGGAUGUGAACACAACGUUGACACAGAGACAAAUGGGAAUCUACUGCAAGAGAAUCUGCCGUUUCGACAAGAAUGAGGACGGGAAUAUAACUGUUCGUGAGUUUAAUGAUUAUGUAUACCGCGUUAAAAAAAUGUUGGUGACCCGCAACGAUGUGUGGAACGCUUACGAAGCGCUCCUCCUCGAAGGAGCUUCGUACAUCACCUACGAGAACUGCACUAAGGUGAAUCGAACGCAGUUUGUAGAGUUCGUGUAUCGAUUUCACACCAUGUACCGCUUCCCUUACUAUAAUGAAAGAUACAGUAUGCACGCUUGGGUGGAGUUUAGUAAAAAAGAUCCUGUGUUGGAGCGAAUUAAAAGAAGAGUAGCAGAGGUUACUCAGAUCUCUGCGUUGCAGAUUGAGCACAGCGAAGAUUUACAGGUAAAAAAAGAACAGAAAGUGAUCACUUAGUUUUAGCUUCAAAUUUCGAUCUUGUCCUCGACCAUAAUAGGGUGGAAAAGAAACCUCUUUUGUUUGCCAAUGAAACUUGAUUCUUUGCACCCGUUGUCUAGUUUUGUCACGCAGCACACGGGCAAGACUUCGUCCAGCGGGUGGUCCUCUUUCAAAGGCGAAGCGCAUAGACUACAAAUGGUCUCUCCUUUUCGGCGAAGACCGUAGCGUAUCUCCCCUCCCCAAAAAAAUAAACAAACAAAAGAACAAACAAAACAAAACCAAAGCAGCGAAAAAGGAAAAAUAAAGAAAAACCCUUGAUGUUAGCGCAACCGCGCGGAACUCUGGAAGUGAAAGGCAGUACGUACAUUUCAUACUUUUUUUAAGUCACGCGACGGACUUCGCCGAAGAAUGACUGCUCGUAGUUUAGGGAACGCGUCGUGUGUAUGAUUAGAUUCGAGGGAUAAAUUCUCCUCCCCCUCUGUCUCAUUGCAGAAAUUUUCCUGUUACGCAAGGCAUAAGUCGUGAUUUGUAAUGAUAUUGCUCCUAAUUGGUUAGAAGAUGUGUACAAUUUUUCUUUAAGACCAAUAACAGGGCAGAAUAAAGCAAGAUCAAAACAAACGAGGAUGACACUUAAUUGGAAAUUAUUCUAUCAGUAAACUCUAUUUGUUUGUUUGUUUGUAUAUUAACAGGUUGUCAAAUAUCGGCAAGGUGGCCAUUAUUACGCCCAUUAUGACUCUAAUGUGGGUUCAGAAAUCCAGGAAAAGAGAUGUUGUCAGAAGUUUGAGAACCAAUCUCAAAGUUCUUGUCUUAUAUGCAGGUGAGCUUAUAGGCUUUUUGCAGUCUGUUACCCUUUGACUCACAAGAAUAGCUAGCAGCUAUUUUCUCUGUACAAUAUCACCCCUCCUCCUCCUCCCCCUCCUCCUCCUCCUCCUCCUCCUCCUCCCCUCCUCCUCUCCUCCUCCUCCCCUCCUCCUCCCCUCCUCCUCCUCCUCCCCUCCUCCUCCCCCCCCCUCCUCCUCCCCCUCCCUCCCCCCCCUCCUCCCCCCCCCCCCUCCUCCCCCACCCCCCCUCCCCUCCUCCCCCCCCCUCCCCCCCCUCCUCCUCCUCCCCCUCCUCCUCCUCCUCCUCCCCCUCCUCUAAUUCUAAAUAAACGGGUUCUAAAUAAACCCGUGAAGUGAUUAAUAUACGGUUAAGAAUAUAUGAAAGUCAUAUAUUUGAACUGCGGAUAAAGACAUGAAUGAAAGUGAUCCUCGCAGUGAUGUGCACUACUCACUAAUCACUUCACAGGUUUAUUUAGAACCACCAUCAUGACCAGCUCCCAGUUGGCUUGUUAGCUCAGUUGGUAGAGCGCUGCACCGGUAUCGCAGAGGUCAUGGGUUCAAAUCCCGUACAGGCCUGAAUUUUUUUCAGGCCUUAUUUUCACUACUGCCUAAGUAGUGCACAUCACUGCGAGGAUCACUUUCAUUCAUGUCUUUAUCCGCAGUUCAAAUAUAUGACUUUCAUAUAUUCUUAACCGAAUAAUAAUAAUAGUAAUAAUAAUGAUGAUGAUGAUGAUAGUUUAUAAACAUAUCCACCAGGUGGCUCUUCCCUGUUAAAAUACAUUAAUUACAAUAAAAAUCAAAAUUAAAAAAUAAAAAUCAAAUUAAGUUAUUUCACAAAUUAUGCAAUAUGCAAUUAAAAGUAGAAGUAGGAUUAACAGAAGAGAAAUUACAGCAAAACUAACUAAUCACUCUGUACUCUAUUACAUAAAAAAUUCCUUCAAAGUCUUAAAAAGGUUCUAUAAUCUUUACAGUUUCUAAUAGAUUCUGGUAAAUUGUUAAAUAGCUUCGACGCGUUAUCUUGGAAAGUGCUGUUUUCGGUCGGGAACACUAAUCUAAUUGAAUUGCUUGAGCGCAGUUCCUUGCGGCAUUCCUGUUUUAUUAUUUUAAGAUAAUCUGGCCAAGUCUCAGUGUUAUGCAAAGCUUUAAAGCAUAAUUUCAGGAGGUUCAAAUCUCUUCUCUCAUUGAUUGGAAGCCAUCCGAUUUUAAGUACAUCCCAAAAGUUCUUGACAUGGUGACCGAGUACAAAACUUGCGGCAGCAAAUUGAACUCGUUGCACACGGCGAAGUAAGAAUUGUGGUAAAGGGUAAAAACCCAGAUCGGCGUAAUCUAGUUUUGACAAAAUCAAUGUUUCUACCAGUUGCUUUCUAAGCUCAUAUUUGGCAAGGUAUUUCAAUUUUCUUCGUAUCGAUACCGUGUGCGUGAUGUGAUCGUCCCACUUAAGAUGCUCAUUGAUGUGAACUCCAAGCAGUUUGCAAGAUUUAAUAAGUUCUAGUUUAUAACCACUGACUACGAUGUUAGGAUUAUACUCGUCAAGGUGAUGUACUCUGGACAUUUGCGGGGUGGAUAGGAUCAUAACCUUCAUAUAUAUAACCUUCAUAUGUAAAUUUUAUUCCUUUCUGAAGGCUUCGACCCCAUUAGGUGAAAUGACAUGCCGACUUUGUAUAAAGCCUGGUUUUCACUAGCAACGCAACCACUAGUGCGAGCACAAAUGCAAGCACAACAGCUCUUAUUUCACCGUGAAAACAGCCUCGACGCAAGCAUAAAUACAAGCGGAAUUACGGGCACAAGGAUCAGAAUGCGGUCCAGGCCGUUAAUUCGCGGUGAAAUAAGAGCUGUGGCCUUACUCACCGUAGAGUCUCUAUUGCUUAGUGGUAGAGCAUCAGAAUCUCAGAAUCUGAAGGUCUGAGGUUCGAUUAGCUUUCGAUUCCUCAUGGGAUUCAUAAUUUUUCUUUGUGCCACGCUCGUCGUGACAAGACGAAAAAACAUCUUCCGCUAAGAGCUGUUUGUUUUUUUGCUUGCGCUUGUGCUUGCGUUGUUAAUGAAAAUCAGCUUUAGCCUUUUACACCCGAGCAUCAGUAUACAAACUCUUCAUACUAUGCUCUAGACAUUUCCCAAGGUGCUGACAAGGAGAAUUUGUUUAACAAUCAAGAGCUUCUUUAGUUGGUGAUCAUUUCCUUUAUUCUCAUAACCUAAAUGUGUGAUUUGGGGAUGAUAUUUUAAGAAGAAAUUAGGUUCUAAUCACUUUUAGGGGUUAAAAAGUUAAGAGGUAACUGUUUUCCACUUAAUGUUUUGGUUUUCCUUUUUAUUUAGGUACAUCACCGUUCUGUUCUACCUGAACAACGUCACUGAAGGAGGAGAAACUGCGUUUCCGAUCGCAGAUCACGAAGAACUGUUGUCAGGAAGAAACUAUUCCUCAAAUCUCAGUAAGAGGUGCCAAAAGGCAACUUUGAUUGUGAAACCCGUAAAGGGUAACGCUCUUUUUUGGUACAACCAUGUUCUAGAGGAGGAAUCUGGAAUGAUGGGCGAGGUGGAUCUGUUAUCGUUAAAUGGCGCAUGUGAUGUGAAUAAAGGAGAGAAAUGGGUCGCAAAUUUAUGGAUUAAUGCCCCGCGCGUUGAUCAAACUGUAUAACUUUUCCUGAAAGAACUGCUGUUGAGAUUACACUCGUUAAACAACAAUAACGAUAAAUUCAGCUGCAUUCAAUUACAAUUUGUUGCUAUUAAUUUGAGGUUUUAAAAAAAGAACUCUCUGUGGAUGGAAUUUCUGUUCUACCCGCAAUACUCACAUAACCAAAACUGUUAUCAAGGUCACUUAACCAAAUGAAUAAAGGGGUAGGUUUCUAAAGAAACUGUGGUGCUGCGUCGGUGAGAGAGUAUAGCAGGUAAUUUAGUGUUAACAACUGAGUUGAAAACGUAAAUUGGC